UGCAGUAGCUGGCUGUGGGGUGUGUUUACUUGGUUCGUGUCACUGCGUGGAAUAUGGGGAAGUCAAUGUUUGUUACAGUGGGGACCACAAGCUUUGACGAGCUCAUUUCUCGCGUGUCGUCAGAGCAGAUUGUUGAUAUCCUCAAAGACCUUGGGUACGACAGACUGGUUCUUCAGAUCGGUAGGGGAACAACCGAACCAAACUCUUACAGAACAGCUAAGUUCUCAUUGGAAGUUUUCAGAUACAAAGAUUCCCUUGCUGAAGACCUAAAGAAUGCCGACCUAGUCAUUAGUCAUGCUGGUGCUGGAAGUUGCUUGGAAACCCUUGGUGAAAGAAAACCUCUUAUUGUUGUGAUUAACGAAAAGCUUAUGUCCAAUCAUCAACUCGAACUGGCAAAGCAGCUUCAUAAAGAUGGACACCUCUACUACUGCACAUGCAGCACCCUUGGAAACACCCUGCAAACAAUGGAUCUUUCAGCUCUGAAACCCUUCCCACCGGGGCAUCCUGAAAUAUUUGCUACCUUUUUAGAUAAGGUUGUUGGAUUCAAGUAACAGAAAGUUGAAAACUUGAUUGUAUUUUAUUUUUAUAUUGCAAUAGAAUCUACAAUUGUGUGUGUAUAUAGAAGUUAAUAAUAAAAACUGUUGGUUUUUUU